CAGAAUGCUGACAAGCAUGAUUUAGCUUCAACUACCAUCCAUCCAAUCUCUACCAGUAACAACUCAGUAGACUCUGAAAACUCCAUCAUAUCCUCCGAUGAUCAAACUAGCAUCUCUGCUGAGCCAACUUUGACCAAAGCCUCCACAACCAAAACUACAACCACAAUCCUUCCCUUCAGUCACAUCAAUAACGGCCAGUCUGGCAUAAGUAAAGCUUCUCAUUCUAUCCCUGUUGACACCUCUACAACUGGCCAUGUUACUGGAAGCAGUGGAAAAGGGCUCCCAACCAAACAAGAUGUUCCAACUACAACUUUAAGGUCCAUAAUACUUAAUUCCAUUCAUUCUACUGAAGCUCGAAUUAGCAUUAAGCAAAAUAAAAAAAGUAGAAAGGUUCACAUAAAAGCUAAACAAGGCCUAAAUAGUGACUCUCAACCUAUAACGGCAAGUUCUAGUCUCAUGAGAUAUCUUACCACCCCUAGUUCCACCGUUAUCAAUCCAUCAAACACUUCUGAUGAUGGCGGUACACCAAAGCCAAUCAUAACAUCCCCAAAUAAAACCUUUGAUCAGUUCUUCUCCAGUUUACCUUCCAAACCCAUCACACCAUCCCACUCCAUCGGUGCUGAAUUAACCAACACUUCUAACGGUAACUACCCUGACAUUCUAGCUCAGGAUAAUACCUUUGGGAGUAACAUGACGGCCUCUACACCUGUUUCUAGCAAAGACGGGAUAAGCAUUGGUUUGGUAAGAGGUCCUGAAGCAACGACUGAGGGUUAUGCAGCCCUAACCCCAAGUUAUGAAUCUUUGACAUCAGAAAUAAAUAUCAUCAGUAGGGAUAAAGAAAGAAACAGUCCUAGUAGAACCACUCCCAAUGCAGCGACAACCCUAACCUCAACUAUCUCCGAAAAGCCUUUAGCUAAGACCUCUAAAUCUCUGGUUGCUACAGCUAAGCCUCUGCUAAAAACUAAACCCAAACCGACUACCCCCAAUUUACGCUAUUUCCCUCCUUACAACUCCACAGCAACAAAUGUUGCUGUUUCUAGCAAAGACGGGAUGAGCAUUGGUUUGUUGGCCUACAAUAAAAUCACAAACAAAAUCCCAACUGAUGCUAACUGGAAUCCCCCAUUACCCAGUUUGCCUCAUAUUGACCCUACAAAUAAGAUGGUGGUUGCACCAUUUAAUGUUAUAACAGAGGCUCAUAGUGAGAAAGUUAAAAAUUCAAAUUCGGACUCAACGCAAAACAAAACCAAAUGUUUUUUCUCAACGUGUGCAACUGAUGUCCUGAGAGGGAUAAGUGACUCUGAUUCAUUGGACUCUACAACAAAUGAUAUUACAGACGAUAAACCAAACGCUGUCAGCACAGCAACUCACAGUAUUUCUCCAAAUGUAAGAGGUCCUGAAGCAACGACCCCAGGUCCUGCAGCCCUAACCCCAACUUAUGAAUCUUUGACAUCAGAAAUAAAUAUCAUCAGUAGGGAUAGAGAAAUAAACAGUCCUAGUAGAACCACUCCCAACGCAGCGACAACCCUAACUUCAACUAUCUCCGAAAAGCCUUUAGCUAAGACCUCUAAAUCUCUGGUUGCUACAGCUAAGCCUCUGCUAAAAACUAAACCCAAACCAACUACCCCCAAUUUACACUAUUUCCCUCCCUACAACUCCACAGCAACAAAUGUUGCUGUUUCUACCAAAGACGGGAUGAGCAUUGGUUUGUUGGCCAACAAUAAAAUUACAAACAAAAUCACAACUGAUGCUAACUGGAAUCCACCAUUACCCAGUUUGCCUCAUAUUGACCCAGCAAAUAAGAUGGUGGUUGCACCUUUUAAUGUUAUAACAGAGCCCUAUAGUGAGAGAGUUAGAGAUUCAAAUUCGGACUCAACGCAAAACAAAACAAAAUGUUUUUUCUCAACGUGUGUAACUGAUGUCCUGAGAGGGAUAAGCGACUCUGGUUCAUUGGACUCCACAACAAAUGAUAUUACAGACGAGAAACCAAACGCUGUCAGCACAGCAACUAACAGUAUUUCUCCAAAUGUAAGAGGUCCUGAAGCAACGACCCCAGGUCCUGCAGCCCUAACCCCAAGUUAUGAAUCUUUGACAUCAGAAAUAAAUAUCAUCAGUGGGGAUAAAGAAAGAAACAGUCCUAGUAGAACCACUCCCAAUGCAGCAACAACCCUAACUUCAACUAUCUCCGAAAAGCCUUUAGCUAAGACGUCUAAAUCUCUGGUUGCUACAGCUAAGCCUCUGCUAAAAACUAAACCCACAGCAACAAAUGUUACCACCUUUAACAGAGGAAAUGUCAAACUGUCGUCAACUGCUGCCGGUCAAAAGAAAACAUCUAAGUACAAGAUCAAAACUUUAAAUCUUAAGUCCACCGCUGUGCCACAGACAUCGACUACUGACCCUCAGGCUACUCCCAUUAACAGUUCAGCUGCCAUCCUCUUUCCCACAGGCUCUAAAGUACCCCAUAUCCUCAGUGGUAAAAAAAAACCAAAACACACCAGAGUUAAUUCAACAAUCCUAGGAACAACCAUUAAAGACUUCACCAAUGCAACAAAAAGUCCUCUAGUCUUAACCACUGCCAUUCCAGCAGUUAUGUCUAACCAUGAAAAAACAACUCCAUUUCAGUCAGAUUUUACUUCUUCCCAUAGAAAAAACACCAAAACUCCAAGUGACAGUAAAAGUAAGCUCACUACCCAAACCAUCCAUAGAGAUACCUCUAAACUUACUCCUGCCACCCAGGAUGUCAUUGCCACAUCUGGCUGUAAUAACGACACAGGUCACUCCGCUAAUGUUCUACGUGAAUCUCUAUCCCCAAGCUCACGUACCAAAAAUCUGAUUAACAAAUCAAAGAGGUUGUUUGCCCAAAUUUUCCGGACAAACAGAACAAAACCCAUUGAAACGCAGCUACCUUCCAAUAGGCCAGGUUCCACCAAUAAAACCACUAUUUCGUCUGGGAACUUUUUAAGGGCUCCCGCCUCUAACCCAUCAAGCACUGAACAUCUUACAGACAAUACCAGCUCCUUAAAAAUCACCAAAACAAACAGUUCUGACACCUUGAGUACUCAGGCAAACUGCUCAGUUGUGGAAGACGACAAGCCUUCCAGCUCCCAUCUAAAGGCGAUGGCAGGCUUUCUUCUAGGCAAUCCAGGCCCCUCCUAUGGUCAGCCAUCAUACCCCCUUCAACCCAGAUUACAAGGUAAUUUCAAAUCGGAACAAAUGAACCAAAUCUAUCCUGUUUUACCAUCUCCCACAAAUUAUGACUUUAUGCCACUAAGUCCCACUAAUAGGGAGGCUAUGUACAAUAUUAACCUAAAAAAUCCAGCUUUGUCUAAUGCUAGACCAGCUUUCUUUGCUAAGCACGAGCAACCGCUUCCACCUUGUCCUCAGCCUUCCUCUUUAGGGUUCCCUCAACCACACCUUCCUCAUUUGAACACCUUCCACCAUGUAUACUUAAGGCCUCGUCAAUCUUUGAAUUCUGAGUCUUCUAUGUACCGGUGGCCAACUUCCUCUCAUCAAAAACACUCUCUGCCGCUCUACCAAAAUCCCCUUCAUCCAUCCAUCCAUCCAUUAUCUGACAUGCUUGUCCCAAGUGGGAUUGCAAGGGGUGCCUAUCUCCAGCAGUCAAUAGGCGAGAGGCGCAAUCACCUGCAUACCUUCAUUAAAUCUCUUCGUACUUCCUCCAAGCCUUCUCACCAGGAUCUUUCUGGAUCAUCCCACCAUAUCUCCUAUGGUCUACCUCACACUGGUUCAUCCAGUCCAUUUCACUACGGCUUCUAUGGUCCUCAUUACGCUGCCUUUGCAGGAACUUCCCACCAUCGCUUCCAUGCUCUACCUACCAAUGGCCUUUCCAAUCCAAAGAUCCAAUCUCACAAUCGCAUCUCUGGUCCUCCCAAAGCUGCCUUUCCAGGAGCGUCCCACCAUCAGUUCUCUGGUCAUCAUCAGUCUGCUUUUUCUUGGCCACUUCUUGCCUUGUCAGGAAGGCCUCGACUUUCCUUUGCCAUCCCGCAGCGCUUUGCUCGGCCUCCCCCGCCUGCUUUUGUCAAAGUUCCACAGCGCCUGAUAACAAAACUGGCCGAUGGAGGCAUCAAAACCUGAUCGCUGGUAAAUGGGAAGAUACAAAAUCAGACCAUCAUCAACGCGUUUUGUUGAAUACAUACAGUAUUUUCUCCUUUAUAUUCAGAACUUCCCAUCCAGAUCCUAUUAGUUCAGAUUCAUCACAUCUCUGGUGGGUUUGAUAUAUUUUGAAAU